AUGAAUUCCACUCGUGAAUGUGGUAAAUGUAACACCGGGGGUGUUGUGAAUGAAAUGGUCGGUUGCGACAUGUGUGACAUCUGGUUGCACGCUGACUGUGCCGGUAUCACGGGUGAUACACCGGACCCAAACAGAAGUUGGCGCUGCGCAGAGUGUUUACAUGAUGAAGUGACAGAUGUUGUCAGCAUCGGUAGUCGGAAAACCGCAAAAACUUCAAGUAGCACCCGAAAUCGACGUGCAGAGCUUGCCCUCAAGUUGCUUGAAGACGAACAAGCGUUGAGAGAGAUAAACCGUCAGAAGGAGGAUGAACUAAGAAAAAAAGAAGCAGAAAUUUUGAAGACGAGAGCUGAGGAGGAUGCAAAACUUCUCAAGCAAAAGCACGAUUUAUUACAAUCCUUGGAAGAUGAAGACAACAGCAAUAUGAGCGGGAUAAGUAGCAGAGCGAGCCGGGAGAUGGUUCAGUCGUGGCUUGGUGGUGGUGAAAUACCACCGCCUGAAAAACCACAACCAUCUGUAGGAGAUGUUCAACCGAUCGUUACAUCCACAUUCGGAACAGUUUCUACACACAAAAGUACGAUGUCUGGGCCGCAGUUCGGUACCGACAGUCAUCCCACCGCGAUAGCUGCGACAAACAUCGACGUGCCUAAGUCUUCGUCAACACCACAUACCAUGAUAAGUUCUGUGUUCGAUCCCAAAAUAUCCAUAUCACAGAGAAACCAAACUGUACAAUCAUUCUUACAAGGAAGUAGAAAGCUACGAGGAGCAAGUUUCUCAACGAAAUAUAGAACACUCUUGAAUAUUACAACAGUAUCCCAAAAUGUUAGCUCCCACAAUAAUAUUAUUCCUCUUGCUAGUAAAUUUUCUCAAGUAUUUCCUACGGUCUCUCAAAAUUCUUUCCUGUCCAACUUGAAGGAUUUGUCAAUAGGACAUACCGUUCCAGUCAAUACUACCAGAUCGCAUUUUGUAUCAGCUCCUUCGUUAGGGAAUGCAAUGAAUGUGGUGCAGACGUAUUCGCAGCCGACAUCGAGUGUGCCUUACUUUAAUCAAUGGAGCCAUUUUCAGCAUGUACCAAAGGUUUCUUUCACAUCCGUACCGGCUACGACAACAGUUCUUGGACAAGCUCAUUCGGCGGAGCAAUUGACCUGUCAAGGAAAUGCGCUAACAUAUACACAGCCAACAUCGAGCACGUCUUACAGUAAUCAGUUUAAUCACUAUCAAUAUGAGCCAAACGCUCUUUUUGCUUCCGUUCCACUCGCGACAACACCUUUCGGAGCGACUCAUCCCGAGGCACAACUUGUCUGCCAAGCAAAUGUGCCAACAUAUACACAGCCGAUAUCGAGCGUAUCUUACGCUAAACCGUGGAACCAUUCUCAGUACGAUCCAAAGGUCUCCUUCAGAUCCGUUCCAGUUACGACAACACCAUUAGGACAAACUCUACUAACAUCACAAUGGGACUGCCGUGGACAUACAGAUGGAGUUCCAACAAAUGUGUACGAUUCGAGAUCUCAACAACAUACAAUUCCGUCUGACACGCAGCAAACAAAUGCAUCAUUUCAAACUGUACCGUCCGGUGCUCAAAUAGUGGCCCGACAAGGGAUCCCUCGUGAUUUGCCAACGUUUUCAGGUGAUCCUCAAGACUGGCCAAUAUUCUCGAGUACAUUUUAUAAUUCUACAGCGGCUUGUGGCUAUACGGAUGUGGAAAAUCUCGCUAGGCUACAACGCUGUCUAAAAGGCUCUGCGCUCGAGGCAGUGAAAAGUCGUCUGCUGUUGCCACAGUCGGUGUCGUUCGUGAUGGAUACACUCAAGAUGUUGUACGGGCGACCAGAGAUUUUGCUUCACUCUCUAUUGCAGAAAUUACGAAGUGUUUCAUCCCCAAGGACUGAGAAUUUACAAUCGAUAAUCGUAUAUGGUAUGGCUGUACGCAAUCUCGUCGAUCAUAUGCGUGUUGCCAAUCUAGAGGAUCACAUGCGAAACCCAAUGUUGGUACAAGAGCUUGUAGAGAAACUUCCACCACAAAUGCGCAUGCAGUGGUCGUGUUUCAAGCGUACCUACACGGAUGUUGACCUGUCAACAUUCGGUGAAUUUAUGUCGGAAUUAGUAAAAACGGCAACGGAUGUAUCUAUACCUGGGGAACUUAUUGUACAACAAACCAGAUCGAUCAAUAAAGGACGAGAAAAACAGAAACUGUACGUUCAUACCGAAGCAGAAAGUAAGAAACAAAAGUCAACGAAUACCAAGUCUCCAAAUGAGUCGGAUCCAACGAGACGUCAGUGUGCCUACUGUUCGGAAGACGGUCAUGAGAUAGCACUUUGUCCACAGUUCAAAGCAUUGGAUCUGGACGGGAGAUGGAAAGCGAUUCGAUCGAAAGGACUUUGCAGGAUGUGUCUAAUACCACACCGAAAGUGGCCAUGUCGUUCGGGCAAGGAGUGUGGAGUAGAUGGAUGUCGCAUUCAUCACAACUCACUGCUACAUUCGCAACGGGCUGUAACGGAGACAUUAGGGGGACAACCUAAGUAUGUUGAAAAUGUUACGCGUCAGAAUCAUCAUGCGGUCUCAAAUUUUUCAUUAUUUCGCUAUCUUCCCGUAACACUCGAAGGGAAUGGGAAAAAACUGAACACGUUUGCGUUCUUGGACGAUGGUUGUGAGUCUACACUGUUGGAAGCGGGACUAGCGAAAGAAUUGAAUAUCGUUGGGCCAGAAGAACCUCUUUGUUUGUCCUGGACAGGAGAUAUAUCUCGUGAAGAAAAGGGAUCACAACGGGUUUCGGUGACAAUCAGCGGAGUAGGGCUUAAGAGUAAAUUCCAACUGAGCAAUGUGCGUACGGUGCAAAAAUUGAUGCUGCAGAGUCAGUCGUUCCAUUAUGAUGAACUCAAGAGAAUAUAUCCGCAUUUGGAAGGGCUACCUUUGAGCAGUUAUUCCGACGCGGUUCCGAGAAUGAUCAUUGGUAUCGAACAUGCACAAAUGAUAACCACUCUGAAAGUGCGUGAAGGAAGAUCUACCGAUCCAAUUGCAGCCAAAACGCGGUUGGGCUGGUGUGUGUACGUGGGGCAGUCGAUUCUAUCACUGCACAUGCACUCGCAAGCGAACGAUUACAGGGAACUACACGAGUUAAUGAAACAGUAUUACAGUAUUGAGGAGGCAGCAGUUGCAACACCAUUAGAGUCGGAGGAGGAUCGACGAGCUCGCGCCAUCCUGGAAAAAACGACACAGAGAGUUGAUGGUGGUUUCGAAACCGGGCUCCUAUGGAAGUAUGACAGACCAUCGUUUCCAAACAGUUAUCCCCUUGCUCUUCGAAGAAUGUAUUCUUUGGAAAAGCGGCUUGCAAAGGAACCAGAACUACAACAGCGAGUGAACACAUUGCUAACCGAAUAUGAGAGUAAAGGUUACGCUCAUCGAAUCACACAAGAAGAGUUGAACAUGACUAAACCCGAACGUGUCUGGUAUCUGCCAAUAGGAAUCGUGAGGAACCCGAAGAAACCGGACAAGAUACGCUUGAUCUGGGAUGCCGCCGCACGAGUUCAUGGUGUUUCACUCAACGAUAUGCUCCUGAAAGGGCCAGAUAUGUUGGCAUCGUUAUUUGCAGUUUUAUUGCGUUUUCGUCAGCGAUCGGUGGCCGUGUGUGGAGAUAUACGAGAGAUGUUCCACCAGAUCCGAAUCGUAUCUCAGGAUAAGCAGUCGCAGAGAUUUGUCUAUAGAGAAAAUCCAGAUCAGUUACCACAGAUCUAUGUUAUGGACGUGGCCACAUUCGGAGCUACUUGUUCGCCAUGUUCCGCUCAGUUCGUCAAGAACAAGAACGCCCAGGAAUUUGCUUCAAAAUUUCCAAGAGCUGCCGAGGCAAUUGAAAAGGCUCACUAUGUUGACGAUUUUCUGGAUAGCGUUGACACGGUUGAAGAAGCAGUUCGACUGGUGAAAGAUGUCAAAUACGUGCACGAUCAGGGAGGCUUUGAUAUCCGAAAUUUUUUAUCCAAUUCGGCCGACGUGUUGCAAGGUCUAGGAGAAACUCAGAGCACACAGGUGACGUCAGUUACUCUCAGCAGGAUGGCAGAUAUGGAUCGUGUUUUAGGCGUAAUUUGGAUACCGGCUACCGAUGUUUUUGCCUACGACAUAGUUCUAAAGGAUGAUCUUGUUAAGCUGCUGACGGAAGGAAUCACGCCUACAAAACGGCAGGUGCUACGACUCGUGAUGUCGUUAUUUGAUCCAUAUGGUCUAAUUGCGCAUUUCACCAUACAUGGUAAGAUUUUAAUGCAACACAUAUGGAGAUCUGGUUCGGACUGGGAUGAAAAAAUAGUAGAAGGGCUACAAGGGCUGUGGAAUAGCUGGAUUAUGCUUUUGAAGCGAUUGAACGAAGUACGUGUUCCUCGCUGUUUCUUCGGUGAGGCAAGUAGUGGACUGCCUAGUGCAAUCCAACUGCAUGUUUUUGUCGAUGCGGGAGAAUUGGCGUAUGCAUGCGUUGCCUAUUUACGGAUUAUCCAAGAUGGAACAGUGCGAUGUGCGCUAGUCGCGGCAAAAACAAAAGUAGCGCCGCUAAAACCGUUAUCUAUUCCUCGUUUAGAGCUGCAAGCUGGAUUGAUAGGCGUACGUUUGAUGGAUAACAUAUGUGCAGUGUUGGAUCUACCUCUAGAAAAACGGUAUGUGUGGACAGAUUCGAGAACGAUUCUUUCCUGGAUAAAAUCAGACAGUCGGCGUUAUCACUCAUUCGUUGGCUUUCGUGUGGGAGAGAUUCUGAAUAUAUCUUCUAUGGAUGAGUGGCGUUACGUACCAUCUAAGCUCAACGUAGCAGACGAUGCAACGAAAUGGGGCUCUGGGCCCAGUUUUAGUCCGAAUAGUCGCUGGUAUAGCGGUCCGACCUUUUUGUAUCUGUCAGAAACACAAUGGCCCGACCAACCAACGAUAAUAGAGGCGACAAAGGAAGAGUUGCGUGUAGCAUUCCAGUAUCAUCAACAAAUAACACCCGCACUGGUCGAUGUGAGUAGGUUUUCGAACUGGAAUCGUCUUGUGCGAACUAUGGCGUACGUGUUCAGAGCCAUUGGAUUGUUUCGGAAGAAAAGCCGACCUGGACCACUGACAAGUGGUGAGUUGCGUCAGGCAGAGAACGUGCUGUGGCGACAGGCGCAGAUCCAAGCCUUUCCGGACGACUUCUGCGUACUGCAUUUCAACAAAACGAAUCCAGAUGAACAACCAAAACGAAUCGAGAAGUGUAGUCCACUCUUUAAGCAGUCACCAUUUAUCGAUGAUGCUGGAGUAAUUCGAAUGGAUAGCAGGAUUUGUGCAGCGCCGACCAUCCCUUACGCAGCAAAAUAUCCAAUACUGUUGCCGAGAGAUCACAAAUUGACCACACUUCUGGUUGAAGAGUAUCAUCGUCGUUUCAAACACCAAAAUCACGAGACGGUGCUUAACGAGAUUUGGCAGCAAUUUCGAAUACCAAAGUUACGUCCCUUGCUCAAACGCAUUGUCAGAAAUUGCGUACACUGCAAGGUUCGGAAGGCUGUACCGAAGCCAGCAAUGAUGGCCUGCUUACCGAAGGUAAGAUUAACGCCCCAUAUCCGAGCUUUCAGCCACACGGGAAUCGACUACUUCGGUCCAAUACAAAUCAGACAAGGUCGGAGCUUGGUGAAACGCUGGGUGUCUCUUUUUACAUGUCUCACGACUCGUGCAAUUCAUCUAGAAUUAGUACAUUCUCUCUCAACACAAUUCUGCGUUAUGGCGAUCAGAAGGUUCGUGGCACGCAGAGGAUCUCCUUCGGAUUUUUAUUCGGAUAACGGUACCUGUUUCCGAGGUGCAAGUAAUUUGUUGGUAGAACAGAUUCGGGCGAUCCACGACGAUUGUGCAGUGACAUUCACCAAUGCUCGGACGAACUGGCACUUUAAUCCUCCAUCCGCACCCCAUAUGGGUGGAGCAUGGGAGCGAAUGGUACGAUCGGUGAAGGCAGCAAUGCAGACAAUCUCAGAACACCCUCGUUAUCCAAACGACGAGGUACUGGAGACAGUAAUGCUGGGAGCAGAGGCCAUAGUCAACUCACGACCUCUAACCUACAUCCCAUUGGAAAACGCCGAUCAAGAAGCACUAACACCUAACCACUUUCUGUUGUAUGGGCCGAGUGGCAUAGGACAACCGACUACACCGCUAAUGAGCAGUGGACACGCGUUGCGGGAUAGCUGGAAGCUGGCACAAAAUCUGGUAGAUAUGUUCUGGAAGCGUUGGGUCCGCGAGUACUUACCGAUGUUAACCAGAAGAACGAAGUGGUUCGAAUAUGUGCAACCGCUGGAACCCGGAAAUUUAGUUAUGUCACCAUCGUCAUCAUCGCAGCACAAAAUGGGGGAUAUCGAGCUUCGAAGCGAGCGGAAGCUAUGCUUCCGAAAAAACAUCAAAUCCGCUGUUAAGCCGUUGUGCUAUCUUUAA